CCACCACAAUAUUGAAUCAUUUACUGCCUACUUUUCCAUGAUGGGUCCCAGCAAUGAGGACUGAUCAAAACAAAAACCUUCUAGAGCUUGUGCUAAAGAAGCAGCUCUGCUAACUCAGGUUAGUACAAGCUCAGCCUCAACCUGGAAACGAGAUCCUCUAUGCUAACUCAGGCCAGCACAAUCCCAGAAACGAGAUUCUUACCUUGGUCCACCAAAACAUGGCAAUCAUCAACGAAUCUGAAAGGCUGUUCUUUCCAACUGGGUUUCCCUUCAACUCCUCUUUGGAGUAUGAAGACUUUGAAUUGGACCCGGAUCCCAGUAAGUUUGUGAUCCCCUCUAUAUACGCCAUUGUCUGCUGCAUUGGACUGACAGGAAACGCCAUGGUCAUCUACGUAAUUUUGAAAUACGCCAAGAUGAAAACGGCCACCAAUAUCUACAUCCUGAACCUGGCCAUCGCUGAUGAGCUGUUCAUGCUGAGUGUCCCAUUCCUUGCUACCUCAGCUGCUCUCCAGCACUGGCCCUUUGGCUCCUUGAUGUGCAGGCUGGUCUUGAGCGUGGAUGGCAUCAACAUGUUCACCAGCAUCUUCUGCCUGACUGUCCUGAGCAUUGACAGGUACAUUGCAGUUGUCCAUCCCAUCAAAGCUGCCAGAUACCGACGCCCCACUGUGGCCAAGAUGAUCAACAUCUGCGUCUGGGUUCUUUCCUUGGUGGUCAUCCUGCCCAUCAUUAUUUUUGCAGAUACAGUCCCAUCCGGGGAUGGUGGUGUUGACUGCAACUUUCUGUGGCCUGAAUCUUCAUGGUCGGAGGCCUUUGUGGUCUACACCUUCCUUUUGGGUUUUCUGCUGCCUGUAGUUGCCAUCUGCCUCUGCUAUUGCCUGAUCGUGGUCAAGAUGCGUGCCGUGGCUCUGAAAGCCGGCUGGCUCCAGAGGCGCAAGUCCGAGAAGAAGAUCACUCGGAUGGUCAUGCUUGUGGUCACCGUGUUCGUCAUCUGCUGGAUGCCCUUUUACAUCAUCCAGCUGCUCAGCGUGUUCCAGAGGCCACCCGACCCGGUCAUCACCCAGCUCUUUGUCAUCUUGAGCUAUGCCAACAGUGGGGCCAAUCCCAUCCUUUACGUCUUUGUGUCGGGCAAUUUCCGUCGCUCCUUCCAGAGGAUCAUGUGCUUUCGGUGGAUGGAGAGCGGUCUGGAUGGGGAGCCGGUGGACUACUGUGCCGUGGCCCUAAAAAGCAAAGUGGUCUGCAGCCCCAAGGAAUUCCAAAAAGACUGCUUGGGCUCUGAGAUGGUCUACAGGAAUGGGACCUGCACUUCUAGAACAACCACCUUGUGAGGAGAGAUUUGCUUCUUCAGGAGAGGGUCGUCCAGUUAGCCAGUCCGUUCUCUCAUAGUCUUAUGGGACCGUUACAAUUUUCAAGACUA